AUGUUCCCAUGCAGUCCGAACUUUUGUAAAGAAGGGCAGCCCGACAACUGCAUCAAGCCCGUCGACAUCAAUGGCCAAAAAGUAUACUUCCCGAUGAAUGUGUGCACCCGGGAGAUGAUCGCAAAAGGAGAGUGCCCGCUCGAUAAGCUGAGCACGGUGGCAUUCUCGCCCGGAAGCAUGGAAUCGACGAACGAAUACGUGGUGCAAUGCGACGCGGGAUUCACAGUCCCGGGCGUCGUGAAGGAGGCGAAAGCUAAAAACAGCAAAAUUUAUUGUGCACACGGCGGUCGGAAGGAAGGUGAUCGGUGUCACCCCCUACCAUUAUGCGGACCGAACGGCAAAGCCCCGGAAUUGGAUCAUUUAUCUCCGGAGUGGCGGACAGAAGACUGCGACAAGGCGUGCGCAUACCCCAGUGCCGAUGGAAAGUACGACGACUGCGUCAUCCUCGACAUCCGAAUGGACGAGAAGACCGUCAUCUCCUACCGUCGCUUAUUGUCUGGUCCGUAUGCCCAGCUGAUGUCAAACGACGAAAAUCUGCUCGUGUCUUCCGCCAAGCCGCCCGUGUCUUCGAAGACCCAGGCGGCUCGGAUGAAGCGUGCUGGCUUCGAUGGUAUCGUCCGAUACCCACGCUGUAUCGACGCUGAAGGCCUGUCGGAGUCGCACAAGGCGAUUGUGCUCAAGGACACCCUGCUGAACUGCGCGACGAAUCCGGUGUACCUGGCGCAGAACAAGGAUCCGAAGUUGCGCCUCACCCUGCAGGAAUGUGCUUCGAUUGGCGAUGCGACUGGAACCGGCGAGAAAUUCUGCCGUCUGCACGCUCCGCCGACGACGCCUCCGACGACGAGCGCCCCAGUCGCCUCGUCCUCGACUCUGGAUGACGGCUACGCGUGGAUCCUCAUCACGGUCGCCAUACCUGCCUACAACAUCUUUGGACACGGACAACACGGACCAGCGAUGGCCCCAGCCGAUGAAGCAUCAGUGCCAGACUGCGAAAGUCGCCCCUUCGUCUGCUAUGGCUACGAUAAGCUGAAUAAGGAAUACCCGGUACUGGCAGCAAGCGGGGGCGGCAAGGUCACGGAAAAGUGUGUCAAAUGCACGCUACCCGCAACGACUUGCGUCACCGAAAGCUGGAUUAGCGAUCCCGCGCAUCGACCAAACAAACAAUACGAGCAGUGCAUGCCCAAUUUUUGCCCUCCAAGCUCUACCGACCAGGCGCCAGAUGCCCGGAGGAAGCGUGCUGGCCCCGAUGGAAUCAUCCGGUACCCACGCUGUAUUGACGCUGAAGGCCUGUCGAAUUCGCACAAGGCGAUCGUGAUCAAGGACACCCUGCUGAACUGCGCGACGAAUCCGGUGUACCUGGCGCAGAACAAGGAUCCGAAGUUGCGUCUCACCCUGCAGGAAUGCGCGUCGAUUGGCGAUGCGACUGGAACCGGAGAGAAAUUCUGCCGUCUGCAUGCUCCGCCGACGCUGCCUCCUACGACGAACGUUCCAGCAGCCGCUGCAGCUGCCGGUCCUGAAGAGGACAGAACCUGGAUAGUUCUGACGCUGGCUGCGUUGAUCCUUCUACCCACCAUUGUCGUCAUUGCUGCGUGUCUUUGGUGGAAGAGGCGGAACGAUGAGCAGAAGAAGUCGAACAAGGUGAAUAAGAAGCGGAAGCCGAGCGAUGGUGACCCCGAUGACUCUGAGAAACAGUCCCACUCGUCAAAGAAGGAACAAGCCGAGGCUUCCGAUGCAUCAAGCAAAAAGCAAAAAGGCGUCCCGGCCGAUGCGCCGGCCGAUGCGCCGGCUGAUGCCCCGGCCAACGCUCCGACCGACGGCGAAACCCCCAACGCGAAAGUAGCCCGGGCUACCGGCCCGGUCACCCCCGCCAAUUGCAUCGUCCGCAGACCUGUGCUCGAAGUGGCCAAACUCCGUGAUGCACACUACCUCAGCAAGGGCAAUGAGCGCUACCAUUUCGAGGACAAGGACCUUCGCUUCGAGGAGCUCCCCGUCUGCGAGGACCUGGUGGCAAGAGCGAUUGCUCACGACGAGUUGCUGCGCUGCUUCGAGGCGAACACGCAGACCAACUCCGAUGAGAUCGCGACCAUAAACGUGCCCCCUCCGCCGUGGCAACGCGAUCCGGACGCCGUACGGCUCGUCUACAGGCCGAAGGCAGAGGACGACCAGCAGGAGAACCAGGGCGCCUCCAACGCCGACCCGUCAACAGACGCGCCCGUGAUCAACUUCUGGCUGCAAGCUGACGACAGUCAAGGACCGGCACAUAUUGUUCCUGCCCUCGAACUCGCCGAGCCCUUCGCACCGCCAGCUGAUGGCCGCACGCCGCCCGUCGCCGUCCGGAUCCAACUGCCAGCCGGAUUCGGCCCCCAUGAGGAGACUCAAAUGGAGCCGGAGCUCGAGCAG